UAGCCAUAAUGUAGCACAGAAUGGCUACUUUAUAAUAAUAAUAAUAAUAAUACUUUCCGGUUCAGUUUUACUAACGUGUGCCAUCAUUUUAGAAAAUCAAUGAAUAUAAUACAUGAUGUUCGGGUUUAUAUUUGUGGUAUUUUCACAUCUACAGUAAUUCUCGAGAUCUGUACUUGAGAUUGACGAUUAUCUGUGACGUCAGUCGUUCACGUUGGGCGGAAGUUACGUACUUCGCAGGCUGUCAAAAGUGGACGAACACACAGGAAUAACUAAAUAAGAAAAGAGUGUACGUUGUGUUUGUAAAAGCGUGACAUUUGGCUAACUAUUGUUCUAUCGGAAUAUGGAUGACGACGUACUGACAACUCUGAAACUGUUGAUCAUAGGCGAAAGUGGAGUGGGCAAGUCCAGCCUUCUCCUGAGAUUCACAGAAGAUACAUUUGAUCCAGAGCAGUCGGCGACAAUAGGUGUGGAUUUCAAAGUGAAGACACUAGCCAUUGACGGAAAUAGAGCAAAACUGGCCAUAUGGGACACGGCUGGACAGGAAAGGUUUCGUACGCUGACACCCAGUUACUAUCGUGGUGCCCAGGGAGUCAUACUUGUAUAUGACGUUACAAAGCGUGACACCUUCACAAAGCUGGAAAACUGGCUCAACGAACUAGAAACCUACACGACUCGCAAUGACAUUGUAAAAAUGCUUGUUGGCAACAAGAUUGACAGGGAUGACCAUGAAGUGGACAGAAAUGAAGGCCUCAAAUUUGCGAGGAAACACUCUAUGCUUUUUAUCGAGGCAAGUGCAAAGACCAAAGACGGCGUACAGUGUGCCUUUGAGGAGCUUGUAGAGAAGAUCCUCCAAACUCCAGGCCUUUGGGAAAGUGAAAGCCAAGGCCAGGCGCUGCGGUUGGGGAAUCAGGAGCAAGGUGCCGGCAGGGCAUGUGGAGGAUACUGCUCCAUACCUUGAAAGUGGACAAACCACACCAAAAAAGCUUGAUAGCAAUGACUACAGUCCAGAAUGAGGAGGGAGAUAAAUCAUGUGAAUUGUUAAACUAGAGUGGUGGACUCUUGGCACAUGGCACUUCAUCCUGUUUAAAUGAAUAGUAGCCUUUCAGCCCCCAAAGUAAAAAGUUUAAUGUAAGUUAGUGUGGAACAUGCAUGAUCUCACAAUACAACAGUGAAGCUGAUAAUCUGAAGCAUUGUUUAGGUGGCAUUGCCCUUCCGACCAUUGUCUGUAUGUUGUUACACUUAAUGUGGGGCGGAUUAACUUUACUUUCAAUUCUGGCCAGCUUCUACUAGAUCACUGUGCAUACAAACAUGGAUUACAAAUCAACUCAAUUCACGCUUAUUUAAUGGCCUUAUCCAUGAAAUUGUGGGUUUUUGAAUUGAUUGAUUUCUGCCCCCUCCUCAUAUAGAUCAUCUUGGUCUGAAAAAUGUUUGUGGAGAUGCCACUUCCCCAAAUCGUUAUUCGUCCAAUAUGGACCUCACAAUACAAGAAAUGUAUUGAAGCAAUGUCAUUUAAUGGCUUUAUUAAAAAUGCUAAGCUUGCUGGUUCCUCAUUCACCAUUUUACCCACUUGUUCAUUUACCAUUUCAUUUGAUUUUACUGUUAGUGUGUGAUGUGGUCCUUAUUUAGUCUUCAAUGUGAUGGUUUCAGACAUGAUGCAAAAUCAUUCCAGAUUUUUCCUUUUUUGGUCGCAAUUUGUCAUCUUGUUUCUUGUAAACAUUUCCCAUCAUUUAUCACUUUUGGGGCAUGUUGCUGUUUCAACCGUAUUUUGCGAGCGUGUCACAUUGAAUCCUGCCUUAACAAUGGAUGACAUUCACUGUGGUUGCAGUAUUGUCACAAAUGUACUGUUUCAAACAGAAAUAAAUGAGUCUCGGGGUGCAGUCGUGCUACGCUGUUAUUUUU